AUGUUGAGCAGACUCUCAUGGUUGCGCCCUGGGCGCCUUCAUCAUCAUAGUGUCAAACAUGCCGAGUACUCGUUGUCGUCGUCUCGGCUUGAGCGCGCUGUAAGGUCAGCCCGAUGUCUGCACAUCAGAACAUCCAAACGACCUGAGAUCAGGCAAAGGAGGAUUGAUCUCGAGUCCAAGGUGAUCCGCAAUUCGCGUUCCUUUGUCGCCGAGUCGAUUCCCCCUAUACUCUACCCACCAACCAUCUUCCUGGGACUUCUUUUCGGCCUAUGGACAUGGAAAUGCUUUUGGAUCAUUGUCAUGCAGAAUAAGCUGCUGUAUCUAUCGUGGCUACCGCCGUUUUCACGAUCUGAUACCAUCGCCGAGUACGACUCUCAGUGCAGGCCCGUCCAUUGGCAAGAAACGCGAAUCCGGAGUCUCGACGGCACCAAGCUUGCUGUAUGUGAGGGACACAUUCCAAAUGGCAAGCACCAGAACGCUCUUGGGACGAACCCGUUCUCAAAGACAGUAGUCAUUUGCUACUUUCAAGGAAAUGGUGGCUCGACGCCGCUUCGUCUCCCAUUGCUCUCGCAGAUUCUCAGGAGCCUCGCGGCCAGUUCAUCCCCGGAUACGAAGUUCACAAUUCUCGCCCUCUCAUACCGCGGGUACUGGAAAUCGUCCGGUCGAGCGACGCAAUCUGGUAUCGAACGCGAUGCUCAGGCAUUUUUGACCUGGGCGUCCAAGACGUACUCGCCGUCCACGGGGACGACUCCCCUCCAACUCAUCCUCUGGGGUCAUAGCUUGGGCUCUGCUGUUGCGAGCUCUGCUCUCCCCUCUUAUCUUUCUAGCCUGGAGGAUGAGAAAUCGCAACAAUCCAGACCUCUCGCCAAGGUGUCUGGCUUCAUCAUGGAGGCCCCUACCUCGAGUAUCAAGGAUAUGCUCAUCAGUCUGUACCCUCAAAGAUGGCUACCUUAUCGCUAUCUUUGGCCGUUCUCCUGGAACACGUGGUGUAAUACAUCCAACUUGACUCGAAUCGCGGAAUGGCGAGAGGAGCAUCCUGGCGCGAGAAGUGAUGUUCCGCCCAUUUUGAUUCUAUCCGCGGAGAAUGACGAAGUCAUCCCGCCAUACGUGGCUGGUCAACUAGAACAAACAGGCCAGGAGCUGGGCCUAGAAAUCUCGAAAAAAGAGGUCCGCGGAGCUAUGCAUACAGAAGCACCGAUGAAGGAGGAUGGCCGGAAGACUUUGAUUCAGUUCAUACUCCGAAAUACAUCUAAGUAA